AUGAAGCACUUCGUUCCUUGGCUUCUGGCUCUCGGGCCUGCCCUCGCCGUCGAGCGAAUGGUCUGCUACGAGGAACCUGGCGAAAACCUCGUGUCUCCGCCCCCUCACCAGACCAACGCAACCACAGCCGUCCCCUACGCCCCAACAGGCGCCGCCUAUGCACACCUCACUUCAACCGGCGCAACCCACAAAACCAGAGUGAUCCCCGUCGUGCGCGACGGCAAAACCUGCCCCAAGUACACCGAGCCCGCUGCCGAACACGGCCGCGAAUGCAUGUUUGGCGCGCACACGGGGUCCGUCCCCAACGGCGUCUCGGGCAAAUGCUGCUUCCAUAGCGGACAGCACGUCUUUUUGUAUAGCGUCUUCGACAAUAGCGGUACCAGCCCUUCGGACACAGAGUACAUUCUCGACGGCCGGCCUUGCUGCACGGACGAUACGUGGGGUACGGCUGUGACGGAGCAUAGCCACCACAACGGGAGCAGACAGUGCCAGUACGGAAAGCAUGUUUUGGACGUGCCUAGCGCGGAGUACCUGACUAGCUGCUGCUGGGAUGCGAACGCGUCGCAGUUUAAGGUGCACUUGCGUGGCUUUGAGCCUGUUGUUACGACCUCCGUUGCGAAGGAGGUGUCGAAGCAGGUGCUGGAGUGGGGUCCCUUCCGCGAGACUGUCGGUCUGGAGGUCUACGAGGUCCGUCUGUUUGGGUACUAUCUUGAGGUGAGGGGCAAGCUGUGGGCGUCUGGGGUGGUCGAUUGGAGCGAGCAGGAUACGUUUUAUCUCCCGCUGGAGAGACGGUGGAAGGUCGCGAAGAGCUGGACGCCUGGGACGUCGGCGACGGGUCAUGUCGGGAUUGAUGCUACGAGCAGGUUGAGCGAGGAUCGCUCCGUCGAGGUUAUGCUGCAUGUUACCGGGUCGGGGGCUAUCUUGGGUAACUUGGAUGGGAUGGUUGGGCCGUUGGUGGUGGAUGAUGCGAAGAUUAAGCACGCUUUGGCGUGGACUCCGAAGUCGUGUUAG